GAUAUAAUUUCCUUCCCACUUCCUAGCAAGCACAAGGCAGCACAAGCACAACGUCUGUCAUCCUGCACGCUCAACAUGAACGGCACUUCGUCUCUUCAACCACAAGGUGAAGACCCGCAUGCCAUUUGGAUGAAAAUCCGAGACGAACGGAAGGUGUAUCAGCUGCAGAAGAGAAUCGAGAGACUGAGGAAAGAAGCGGAGUAUGACAGGGAGGAGGAGGAGGAGAGUGAGAGCGAAAUAGAAAACAUUUGCACAAGAAGAGGAACUCAACAAGAGUUGAUAGUCAAACUUGUCACUGACCAUACUACAACUCAUAUAACAAAACUCUUUGGUCUACCAUCACCUGACCUGCAGAGCAACGAUGAAGACGAAGAGAAAGAAGAAGAAGAAAAAGAAGAAAAACAGAAAGAAAAAGAAGAAGAGACGCACCCACAAACAAACAUCGACGACAAUGAUAUACCCCUAUCAUGGAUACAAUCAAUACCAGAGGUGGCGACUUCACAACAUGAAAAUGAGGACUCUCGUGCAACUUCCAGCACAAUGACAGCAACAAGAGAAGACUUUCUUGAAGUAGCAGUAAGUCCUAUGGUAGAAAUGUCCUUUCUAGGACAGAAACACACAUUGUGACAUGCACUGGGGUUGGUGGUCAUAGCGAUGAGGAGAUUCUGUAGUAGAGCCUUGCUGUUGGUCGGUUUGAGGUAAGGUGUAGAAAUGUUUUGAAAUCAAUUGUAGUAAUUCCAAUGGUCAAUAUCAUAAGUGA